AUUUAGAAUGACUGAAAUAACCUUACAUACGAAGACUAUUUACUUGAAAGGGAAGGAGGUGGAGUCGCGAGGUUUCAGCUGCAACGUUGGUACUUACUUGAUGGCGGUUGGAGCAUGAGUGUUGAGUAUGCGGGAAGCAACCACUGUUAAUGGAGUGAACUCGCUGAGUUGACUCAGUUGAGCUGAGCGAGUUCGUCAUGGAGCAACACUGUUGUUACUGCUUCGACUGCCUCCAGCUUCGAAUCAACUCCGAUUUCUCCGACCAACUCUUGUUCAAUUAUGGCAUUUCCUCUUCCCCUUUCCCUUUCGGUUCUUCCGCCGUCGUCCAAAUUUCUGGUACAGCUGGCAGUGAAGCUUCAUCCGGUCAAUUUAUAUUGCAGUACACGCGCUCUCAUCACAGCAAUUGUUUCUCCAAUUAUGUAAAUGAGUAUAUUUUGGAUAGUAAUGAAGGAACUAGGAGUAGUGAUCCUGAUACUGGCACAAGCCAAUGUGGUCCUAAUGUGCAAAAUGGUGGAAUUUCUUCAUCAUCAGAUGCUGAAACCAAAAGAGCAUCUUCCAUGAGCACAAGUUGUAGUCAUUCCGGAAAGUUUUCUUGCUUCAGGAUAAUCACUUCACUGGCCCCCGGUGCCCGCGUGGAAGUUUCUUCAUUUUCUACCAUCCAAGAGGUUGCCACUGAUUUCUUGUCUGGGUUAAUGGAAGAUCAUGUGUUGGAUUCACUUGAUAUCUGGAUUGAAGGGAAAGCUUCAGGAAGGGACAGCACAAAUUUCCUUAGCUUAAUUGGCUUGCCAUUUUUUCAGGAGGACACAUUUCCCGGCUCCUUGAGGCAUCCAAACAUAGCCCCUGUCCUUGCAUUUUUUAAAUCAUCUGAUCAUGUUAACAUGGUGCUUCCAAAGACUCCAUACAAUCUCGAGAAUAUUCUGCAUUUUAACCCCAGUGCCUUUAAAUCUGACUGGCAUAGAGGAUUUCUUAUAUAUCAGCUGCUCUCAGCUUUGGUAUACCUUCAUGGUCUAGGGGUUUCUCAUGGCAACUUAUGCCCAUCCAAUAUCAUGUUGACUGACUCAUUAUGGUCUUGGCUGAGAUUAUGGAAUGAACCUACAUUGGAAUUUAAUUCAACUUUACAAAAGAGUGAAGACGUUAAUUCAAGCCCUGCAAAAAUUAGUUGUUACAAUAGUGGUUGCCAUUCUAAUGGUCUUUAUGCUGAUUUAAAGCUUUCACCGUCAAUAGAUUGGCAUUCUAGCUUCCAUCAUUGGUGGAAAGGAGAGUUGAGUAAUUUUGAGUAUUUACUUAUCUUAAACAGAUUAGCAGGCAGAAGGUGGGGAGACCAUACAUUUCAUCCAGUAAUGCCUUGGGUAAUUGAUUUUAGCACCAAACCUGAUGAUAAUUGUGAUGCAGGAUGGCGAGACUUGAGCAAGAGCAAAUGGCGCUUAGCAAAAGGUGAUGAACAGUUGGAUUUCACCUAUUCAACAUCUGAAAUACCUCAUCAUGUGUCAGAUGAAUGCCUCUCUGAACUGGCUGUGUGCAGUUAUAAAGCAAGAAGGCUGCCUUUGAGGGUACUCCGAAUGGCUGUUCGUUCAGUUUAUGAACCUAACGAAUAUCCUUCCACAAUGCAGAGGCUCUAUCAAUGGACCCCAGAUGAGUGCAUUCCAGAGUUCUACUGUGACGCCCAAAUAUUUAGGUCGAUUCAUGAUGGAAUGGCUGAUUUGGCUGUACCUUCUUGGGCUGAGACUCCAGAGGAUUUCAUUAAAUUGCAUCGUUGGGCAUUAGAAAGUAAUAUGGUUUCUUUUCAACUCCAUCAAUGGAUAGAUAUAACCUUUGGGUACAAAAUGUCUGGGCAAGCAGCUAUUGCUGCAAAGAAUGUUAUGCUUCCUAUAUCAGAACCUACGAUGCCAAGGUCAACGGGACGUCGUCAGCUCUUUACACGACCUCACCCCAUUCGUCUUGCCACUCCAACUGCACGUCGUUAUGCCACCAAUAAAUAUGCUAAAGUUUGGAGCCAGGAAAAUGAAAUACUGCGAGAGACGACUCUCCUGUCUGAUGCUGCCUAUCUACAAGAACUAGAACAAGCAUCUGCAUUUUCUGAGCAUGCUAGGCAUUUGAAUUCUUGUUAUCAGUGUCCAUUAAAUCAAACACAGGGAGAUCCAACAAAGCAGUCAAUUAACGAAAGCAUAUGCAAAUUAUCUUUGCCUGACAGAAAUUACAUGCUGCCAUAUAAAAUGAAUCUGAUUUCUUUGAUUCAGCAUAUGAAGGAAGAAGAUGACGGUUCGCCAGGAUAUCCAGACUAUUUGCUUUGGAGGCAAAAAUUGUCUUCCUCAAAAGUUAGCUCUGAAGAUAUUGCUAGGGACAUUUUUUCUAUUGGUUGUCUGUUAGCAGAACUUCAUCUUUCUAGUCCCCUCUUUGAUUCAACCUCAUAUGCGAUGUACUUGGAAGAUGGGACCUUACCAGGAUCUCUUUGUGAACUACCUCCUUAUGUUAGGUUACUUGUUGAAGCAUGCAUACAAAAGGAUUGGACGAGGAGGCCUUCAGCCAAAUUUCUUCUGGAAUCACCUUAUUUUCCAAAGACAAUAAAGUCCUCCUACACGUUUCUUGCCCCACUUCAGCUUGUUGCUAAGGAUGAGACCCGCCUUCGUUAUGCCACAAAUCUUGCAAAGAAGGGAGCUCUCAGAGAAAUGGGCUCAUUAGCAGCUGAAAUGUGCGCUACUUAUUGCUUACCACUUGUAGUCAAUACUGUGAAUGAUGCUGAAGCUGAAUGGGCAUAUAUACUACUGAAAGAAUUUAUGAAAUGCUUAAAAGAAAAAGCAGUGAAGAAAUUAAUCUUGCCAACCAUACAGAAGAUUUUGCAGACAACAGGUCAUCUACAUUUAAAGGUUUCCCUUUUACAAGAUUCAUUUGUACGUGAAAUAUGGAACCGAGUUGGUAAACAAGUAUACCUGGAAACUAUUCACCCAUUGGUUUUAUCAAACUUGUAUAAUUCUCUGGAUAAAAGUUCAGCUGCAUCUGCCUCUGUCCUUCUAGUUGGUUCUAGUGAGGAGCUUGGAGUACCUAUUACCAUCCACCAGACAAUCUUGCCUCUUGUUUACUGUUUUGGUAAAGGACUUUGUGCUGAUGGCAUUGAUGUGCUGGUCAGACUUGGUGGCCUUUUUGGAGAAUCCUUUAUUGUAAAACAGAUGCUACCAUUACUAAAAAAUGUUGUUCGCUCGUUCAUUGAUAUGUCAAGCAUGAACAAGCCUGAUCCUGUCCAGAGUUGGAGUGCUUUAGCACUUAUUGAUUGCAUGAUGACAUUAGAUGGCCUUUUACCUUUCUUGACAGAAGAGAUUAUUGUAAAGGAGCUGCUUGAAGACCAAAAUUGUGUACUCAUCAGGGUUCUUAUGCAGAAACAUAUGGACAUUGCCGUGCUUCAGGUUGCUGCUACUACUCUCUUUGCAAUAUGUCAGCGAAUUGGGGCAGAUUUGACAGUAUUGCAUAUUCUACCAAAGCUUAAAGAACUAUUUGAUGAGCUUGCUUUCCAGCAAAUUUCUAAAGAUUCAACUACUGUUACCAGAAAUUUGAAGGUUGCCAAACUAAAAAUUGUUGGGGACUUGCAAAUUGAAAGCCGAAUGGAUCUAGUGUUGGUUCUCUAUCCUUCGUUUGCCUCUCUUCUUGGGAUAGAGAAACUUCGUCAAUGUUGUGCUACAUGGUUACAACUUGAACAAUUUCUUCUACGGCAGCAUAAUUGGAAGUGGGAAUGUGCAGGGGAAUCAUCAAAAGGUAGUUCAGAAAAUUUUAUUGGUAGAAGAUCCACAUUUGGCCAGGGUUCCACCUCUGAAUACACUCCGGCAAAGCUGUUGCUUAAUGGCGUUGGAUGGUCAAUUCCACAAUCCCAAGGAAGUAAAAGUGCUAAGAACUUGAUUCCUCAGAGACAAUAUUUUAAACGCAGUCAGAGUCAAGUAGCAACGCAAGAAGACACACCAUACCAAUUUAACCAAGAACCCUGGUUUUGGUUCCCCAGCCCCGCCACCGUAUGGGAUGGACCUGAAUUUCUCGGGCGGGUGGGGGUUCAAAAAGAUGACCUUCCAUGGAAGAUCAGAGCAUCUGUGAUAUACUCUAUACGUGCAAAUCAUGGAGCAGUGAGGUCUCUAGCUGUUGAUCAAGAUGAAAGUACUGUUUUCACUGCAGGAAUUGGUCAAGGGUAUAAAGGAACUAUUCAGAAGUGGGAACUAAGCCGAACUAACUGUCUUUCUGGCUAUUAUGGACAUGAGGAGGUUGUGAACAAUAUUUGCAUCUUAUCAUCUAGUGGAAGAGUGGCGUCUUGUGAUGGAACAGUUCAUAUUUGGAAUAGUCAAACAGGGAAGCAAAUAUCAGUAUUUGAAGAGUCCCAAACAGAUCCUGCCCAUACUGCAAGUGAUCUAUCCGCUGCAUCAAAAAUUAACAUUGACCAGGCAAACAUGCUCAAUUUGAAUACACUGUCAAAUGGAAUAUUGUCUAGUACAUUUGAUUCAAGCCUUUAUACUUGCAUGCAUCUAUUAGACGCGGCUGAAACACUUGCCGUUGGCACUGGAAAUGGUUCACUCAGGUUUAUUGAUGUUGCUCGAGGCCAAAAGCUUCAUAUGUGGAGAGGAGAAUCUAAUGAAUCUAGUUUCCCUUCUCUUAUUUCUUCCAUUUGUUCCUCUGGAUCUGACAAGAUGCAUGCAGGUGGAAUUUCCACUUUGCCAUCUUUUAUUGCAGCUGGACUAAGUUCUGGUCAUUGUAAAUUAUUUGAUGCAAAGAGUGGAAAUGUCAUUUCCUCUUGGCGAGCUCAUGAUGGAUAUGUAACAAAAUUGGCAGCACCCGAGGAUCACAUGCUCAUAUCCAGCUCUCUUGACAGAACUUUAAGAGUCUGGGAUUUAAGAAUGAAUUUGCCAUCGCAGCCCAUUAUUUUCAGAGGUCCUUCAGAUGGCAUAUCCAGUUUCGCCAUAUGGGGCCAAGAUGUUAUUUCGAUUUCCCGGAAUAGGAUUGGCCUUCUCUCCUUGCCUAAAUCUGCCAAUGAAAUAGAUGGACAGCAUCAUAUCAUUCCCCAGAAGCUCUAUGUUUCAGAUAACAAUGGAAUGAGGAGCUUGUCAGCAUUAUCAAGUAUUAGUAUACUUCCAUUCUCUCGAUUGUUUCUCAUUGGGACAGAAGAUGGUUAUUUGAGAAUCUGUUGUUAAAUAUGCUAUUGAUUUCCUUAUCAUUCAUUGUACAUCACUAUGCUUUAUGAUUCAUCCAUGGCAAGCAAGUCCCGUUUACAGGUUUAUCGAGAAACUAAACAGUAAAAAACUUUGUUGGUUGGUAGUUAUAAUUUAAAACUUUUCUUUUCAGA